AUGGGUGUGGAGAUUUUGGAGAUUGACGGAUCCACACCUCACCCCGGCGUUGUGAUUGACGGUUCAAUGGCGUGCAGAGAGACAAAUGGCGGUUGGGUGACGCUGCGUUCCAAAUCCCCGCUUUGUGGAAACGAGCGGCAGUGGGCCAUGAAAGUUAUUGAUCAGGGCGAGGGCACCGACGGUUCUGGGCUUAUGAUGGGCUUGCUUCCUAACCUUAGUUCGCAGCAGGAGGCUUCCAUGAGUAACAAGUACAUAUCUGAGCUCGGUGGCUGGUGCCUUUCGCGAGCAGGGGAUUCUUACGGCUCUUGGAAAUGCGAUAAGAUGCCUUUUUCCACAGGCUGCGUCGUGGAAUUUGAUUGGGACGCCGUGACUCGAACUCUCUACAUGGUAAGUGGUAAGAGAAAGGCCAUUGGUCAUAUACCGAACGUCUCUGAGACAGAUGUCCUUUACCCUGCUUUUUCAAUGUAUUACUUGAACCAAAAAUUGUCAUUUGUUUGA